AUGGCCAAGGAGGAGGACGUAAAGAGAGUUGAUUUAAAGGUUUCCGUCAAUUGCUGCGAGGGCUGCAGGAGAAAGGUGAUGAAGGCGCUAAGCGUUAAAGGCGUUCUAAAAACAGAGAUCCAUUCCACACUUCCCAGAGUAACUGUCACCGGCAACAUCGAUGCCCCAGUCCUUGUUAAGAAGUUGGCGAAGAUUGGCAAGACAGCAGAGAUAUUGACCGAGGAGACCCAGAUGCCACAAAAAGAAGAGAAUAACUCUGACACAAGCGACAAGAAAGCAGAGAAGGCUAGUGGGAAAGAAAAAGCCACUGAUACAGAGAAAUCCAAUUCUGCAGCUGAGAAGACCUCAAAAACUGGCGAUGCCGACAAGAGAAACGACAGCAACAAGAAAGAUGAGAAGGGAAAGAUGAAGAUUAAUGAUAGUAAUGACCUCUUCGUUCCUCCUGAGGUGGCAAAGAGCUUGUAUCCUGCUAUUCCUCAGGUGAAUUGUGCGGUGGCGCCGACAAUGGCCCAAAAUAGUGCUAACCUAAUGGCAUCUCAUGCUGGGGUUUACUAUCCAGUGGAGCCUGUUGCAGUUCUGAUGCCGUAUUAUACAAUGAAUGCCUACUCCGGCCCCCAGCCUUAUUGCAUUCGGGGUCAUUACUACUAUGAACCACCAGUGCAUCACGCUCCACCAGUGCAGUCGCAAGCUAUGGGCUUCGCCGACUACUUCAAUGAGGACAACACUGCGGGGUGUCAUAUCAUGUGAAGAUUUCUGCUUGCUCCAGUUCGGCAGCAGUUCAAAUUUUCCCUGUUGUAAGCUUAGAUCAGAUGAGGAUAUGAGGUGACAUUGGAUUUCAGCGGUAAAAUUUAGUGGGAAAAAGGAAAGGAGCGCAUGCCUCCCUUUUGAAUCUGUCUAUUAUGACCUUGAAGGGUUA